AUGGGGAGUGGAAUAAGUUCUGAGAGUAAGGAAUCAGCCAAAAGAUCAAAGGAACUUGAAAAAAAACUUCAGGAAGAUGCAGAGCGAGAUGCCCGAACCGUAAAGCUUCUCCUAUUGGGUGCUGGUGAAUCUGGAAAAAGCACAAUUGUUAAACAGAUGAAGAUUAUCCAUAAGAAUGGCUACACAGAGCAAGAAUGUAUAGAGUUCAAAGCUGUUGUUUACAGUAAUACCCUUCAAUCCAUUCUGGCCAUUGUGAAGGCCAUGGGAGUUCUGGGAAUUGAUUAUGUAAAUCAACAAAGUACAGAAGACCAAAAACAACUUUUUAUGAUAGCAAAUGGCUUAGAAGAUGGCACCAUGACUCCUGAACUGACUGAAAUAAUAAAACGACUAUGGAAAGACCCGGGAAUCCAGAACUGCUUUGAGAGGGCAUCAGAAUACCAACUCAAUGACUCAGCAGCAUAUUACCUCAAUGAUCUUGACAGGAUAACAGCUCCUGGAUAUGUUCCAAAUGAACAAGAUGUCCUGCACUCCAGGGUGAAAACUACAGGCAUCAUUGAAACACAAUUCUCCUUCAAGGAUUUGCACUUCAGGAUGUUUGAUGUAGGUGGACAGAGAUCAGAGAGAAAGAAAUGGAUUCACUGCUUUGAAGGAGUUACAUGUAUUAUAUUCUGUGCAGCACUAAGUGCUUAUGAUAUGGUCCUGGUGGAAGAUGAGGAAGUGAACCGAAUGCAUGAAAGCCUUCACCUGUUCAACAGCAUCUGUAACCACAAGUACUUUGCUACUACUUCCAUUGUCCUAUUUCUCAACAAAAAGGAUCUCUUUCAAGAAAAAGUCUCUAAGGUUCAUCUUAGUAUCUGUUUUCCAGAAUACACUGGACCAAAUACAUUUGAAGAUGCAGGGAACUAUAUCAAGAACCAGUUCCUUGACCUGAAUUUAAAAAAGGAAGAUAAGGAGAUCUAUUCUCACAUGACCUGUGCUACUGACACUCAAAAUGUCAAGUUUGUUUUUGAUGCAGUGACAGAUAUAAUCAUCAAAGAAAACUUGAAAGACUGUGGGCUCUUUUAAUUGCGGCUUCUAAAUGUGCUUUGCUUUUGUGAUUUUUUUCAUGAGAUAAAGGAAUAUAUGCUGUGUGUUCUGAUGCAUUCUGGACAAGUUUUAACUGACUUACAAUAAGAGUUAGAAUGAUAUUGCAUUGGCUUGGUGCCCAAAUGCUGAAACAUGCAAUCUUUUGCUCAAGCACUACCUGUAUUGUUUUUGGCAUCAUAAAUAACUGAACUUACUGUGGUGUCUAAUAAGAAUGUAGGGAAGUGUGUGACUUCAUUUAAUGCCUUUGGUUUCAUAAAUUUUAGCUCCUGAAAUAUCUUUGAACUCUAAAAUAGGACACAUUAAUGACAUUUAAAAAUAGCCUUUUGUGUUGUGAACUAGAUUCUUUAAACAGAGAAAUUAUGGGAAAUGCAGGGCACUAGAACACUCUUUAAAGGUCAAAUAUUUUUUAACUGUCAGUUUUGAUUAGAAACUAAAUUGAGAGAUUUUAUUCAGAAUUGAA